AGUCAGAUGCAUAAACCCCGCCUCAUCGCUUCAGUCCUGCCCUUGACGCUCACCAUCACAACAGCGACGAACCUGUGAGCAGAGCGCUUCAACUUCUGUCCCAACAUCACAUUUCAUAUUUGGACAAACUAUUACUCCAGCAGCAGUCAUGUCGCUGGCCAGAGAUCUGAUGCAUCCUCUUUUCUCUGAGGAACGGAGACGACAUAAGAAGAAGAGGCUAGUACAAAGACCAAACUCUUACUUUAUGGAUGUUAAAUGUACAGGUUGCUACAGAAUCACCACCAUUUUCAGCCAUGCCCAGACAGUGGUCCCAUGUGCUGGAUGCUCCACAGUCCUUUGUCAGCCGUCAGGGGGGAAAUGCAGACUCACUGAAGGUUGUGCCUUCAGAAGGAAAUAUUCUUGAAUAUUCCUGGGAACAACAUGGACAUCCUGUCAGAUUAAUCCUCUGUAUGUGAUUGCAGUGGAGUGAAUGCUGUCUUGCCAUGGCUCACAACUUUACAUUCCUGUAAAAUGGGCCUGGUUUGGAGUAUAGAAAUAGCACUGUAACAGUGUAGCACUUAUUAUUUUAAUCAAGAUAGAUAAUGCAGUGUGAUGAUAGAAAUUAACAUAUUACACCAUGAUUUUGUAAAAGAUUUAUUGACAAGAGGGGGUGGUGAGUGAACUUCUCAAAUGGUCCCUGUUAAGACACUUAGCCGUGGUAUGCUAUAAAAUCAGUCCAUUAUAAACUGAAAUAAACAAUAAGAGAUGAAUGACUAA